GUUAUUACUAGUCUACACUUUACAACACUACUAGUGCAUUUUAAAACCUCUAUCCUCAUAAAUAAUCUGUAUAUUCGUCACAUGUCUUCUAUGGAGAAGGAAUCUUUUUCGCCGGAAACUGUGGCCGGAAAUGAGAAGAAAGCCACCCAAGUCUUGAGCAAUGGGCUUGAAUUUGCUGCCCAACUUCGAAUCAUGCUCAGCAGUCAACGCCUCGGAGACGUUGACCACACUCUCUGCAACAUGUCUGCUGGAGAUCUUGUCACUAAAAUCCUGGAUUCUUUUGAGAAGUCUCUUCUGAUAUUACAACGUCCUUCUUCAAUCUCCGAUGAAGUUUCGCAAGUUCCGGUCAACUCCGGUGCUCCUAUGUCGGAGGAACUAGAUUCCAGUCACACUCCCAAGAUGGUCAAGGAUCGUAGAGGAUGCUUUAAGAGAAGAAGAACAUCAGAGGCAGAGACCAAAGUGAGUUCAACUCCGGUGGACGACGGUCAUGCAUGGAGAAAAUAUGGACAAAAGUCCAUUCUUAAUGCCAAGUACCCAAGGCAUUAUUACAGAUGCACACACAAAUUUGAACAAGGCUGCCUAGCAACAAAACAGGUGCAGAAAACAGAAGAAGAUCCAGCACCAAUGUACCGUACCACUUAUUAUGGGCGCCACACCUGCAAGAACACUUACUCUGAUCAUACCCAAUUCUUUAAUUUGGAUUCUAUUGAUCAGAGCGAUCCUUCUUCUAAAUCUAUCCUCCUCAAUUUCCAACAGAACAUUCCCAGCCUUUCCUCCUUAAAUGAUAAUUACAGAAACCACUCCACUUCUUCAACUCGCAAGUUUAUUAACAAGGAAAGCGGUGCUAUGAUGAAUGACAAUACCAAUCAAUCCUCGUCCUCCCUGGCUGAUUAUAAUUUUGUGUCGGGUAGACGUACUCUGGCAACCUUUGGAUCAUCGACAACACGGACAGAGCUGUUGUCGCCUGCAGGUUCGGAUCACGGGGAUGUGAUUUCUUCGGGGGUGUAUUCGUGUUCCACAAGCACUAGUCCAGAUCACACCACUGCUUUUGAAGAUCAGCUGGACAUGAUGGUAGCAGGAGUUGUUAACUUUGAUGGUGGUGAUGAUAUGGCUAUGGAUAGUUUCUUGUUGUAAUCAGAGGUCUCAUCCAUGGAUCACCUUAAUCCUAAUUAGUAGUAUAAUGUAGUAGCCACUUGUGGCUGGCUGGCUAGCCAGUUUAUAUUUCCUUUAUGGUAGAACAUUGACUGUUUAAUAUGGAUCAGAUGGUCUAAAUAGCUAGCUGCCACAAAAUUAUAAUCACUAUCUUUUUUGUUUCA